AUGGGCAUUCGCUAUCUUUGGAUCGAUUCUCUGUGUAUCAUUCAGCCGGACAAGGAAAAAGACACAGAAAAGGACAAAAGACUUUCCGACAAAGAUUGGAUGCAGGAGUCCAAAAGAAUGUGCUCAGUUUACGAGAACUCUUAUUUGACUGUGGCAGCUGCUUCAGGUUCGGGGUGUCGUGAUGGGCUCUACAGAACUCCAAAACGAGCCGAAGUGAAGGGGUGCACCCCGAAUGGCAAUUCCUAUCACCUCUUUGCCCGAGAAGUCCCCAGUCACUACAAUUCAGACUUUCCCCUGAUGAAGCGAGGCUGGGUCUUUCAAGAGAGUCUCAUCUCACCACGAACACUAUACUUUGGCAGACAGGAGUUGCUAUGGCAAUGUAGACAAGUCUCUACUUGCCAAUGCACCGGGCUCGAAGAUUGGGAUGAACCUGAAGACGAUUGCCCCGACUUUCUCAAGAUUCCAACUCGGCAUGAUUCGGAACUUCAAGCCAAAAUCGUUAGCAAGUGGCAUCAGCUAAUCCAGGUCUACGGACAAACAACUUUGACCUAUCAGAGCGACAAACUUGCAGCUGUUGAGGGACUUUGCCAGUACAUUCUUCCACUGCGCAAAGGCAAAUACCUAGCAGGAUUAUGGGAAGACUCUCUUGCUAGAGAUCUUUUAUGGAAGGCGGGAGACAGUUUGUCGACUCAAGGCCCAGUUAGGACUGAACAAAAGAAACCAGAACCAAGAAAGACGCAGUGGAGCGCCAAGAGAUGGCUCUUCCCUACCUGGUCAUGGGCUUCAGUUACCGGUCGAAUUUUAUGGGAUCUUGAUGGCAUGACCAAGGGAGUUACAAAAGACACAUUCCACAUCCGCAAGUGCGACGAGCCAUUGAACACGGAGCCAGGCUACAAGCUCAGAUUAGAAGGUGCUCUCGUGCCGGCCAAGCUGAGUACUCUUCAGCGAUUGAGGACGAGCUUCUCCCCUGACUACGAUCUGCAGGAGGAAGGCAAAGGUUUUGUCAGCUCAGACACAACUGUGUGUUGUUUACGGGUCUUUUUCUUGAAACUGGAAAAGGAGUAUAGGUCACUAGUUCUGCAUCGUUUUGAUGAAACAGAGGACGUGUAUGAAAGGAUUGGCUUUUUGGAACACGAGGGAUCGAAGCCACCUGAGUGGUGGGAGCCGAGUGGGACGGAAUGGAAGUCGGAGAAACAGGUCAUUACGCUUGUUUAG